GUUGAUCAGUUCUUGGCUGUUUUGACGGUUGUACAGCCACUUUCCAACCACACAACAUGCUGCGUUGUAGACUUUGGGCUCUAUGACACAAUGGCUUUCGCGACUAGGGUUACACAAGAGGUUGGCGAUCACGAAACAGCCGAGACCAGUCCUUCAAGUUGGCGAUCACGAAACAGCCGAGACCAGUCCUUCAAGUUGGCGAUCACGAAACAGCCGAGACCAGUCCUUCAAGGUGAUAUAUAUUGCCAUAGUUGGCGAUCACGAAACAGCCGAGACCAGUCCUUCAAGGUGAUAUAUAUUGGUUUGGAUAACAUUCUUAAAGGCAUACGUGAGGGGAGAAAUAUAAUUGUUAUUGCCAUUGAUUGCUACGAUUCUCUUUUCUUUAAUAACCAUAGUUGGCGAUCACGAAACAGCCGAGACACAUCCUUCAGGAAUCAGAAAGAAAAGAAAAAAAAACUUGCAAAAGGAAUCUCUGCCUUUAAAAUUUUUUUCGCCUGCCAAGAAAUAACACUGAUUUCUAAUAGGGCGAAAUGGUUUCUAAAAAAAGACUUCCACUUGUGAAAGCGCGAAUUUGAUUUUGAUUGGUUAGCGA